AUGAAAGUGUUAGCAAUAACACUAUGGGUUCUUUUGUUUUUUAUUUUGACAAACACCAAGUUUGUUGUUUGUGUAGGCAUUUGCAGAGAAAGUGAGCAACGAGCGUUGGAGAGCUUGAAGAAAGAAGUAGAUGAUCCCUCAGAUCUUCUCUUUUCUUGGGUUGUUGGAAAAGAUUGUUGCGAAUGGGAAGGGGUUGUGUGUAACAAUUUGACUCGUCAUGUGAUUGAGCUACACAUAAUUAGUGAUUGGGAAGAAUCGAGAUAUCUAAGGAUCAAUAGCCUUGAGUGGCUGCCAAGUCUUUUGAGUCUUGAGCACUUGGAGAUGCGUCAUGUGGAUCUCAGCAAUGCAACUAAUUGGCUACAGGUCAUUAACAUGCUUCCUUCUCUUGUGGAUCUUCGUUUAGUCUAUUGUGGUCUUCAUCAUAUAACACCUCUACUUCAUCACAAUUUUUCUUCACUUGAAACCCUUGAUCUUUUUGGGAACAACUUUAAUUCUCCUGUUCCCAAAUGGGUUUUCAACCUCGCCAGUCUCGUUUCUCUUAAUUUGAGUGACAAUAAUUUUACUAGCCCGUUUCCUGACGGUCCAGUUAACUUGACUUCUCUCACAUCCUUCAGGGCUUAUUAUAACUCUUUCAACUGUCUUUUACCCACAUGGUUGUUUGAUCUAAGUAAUCUUGAAUAUAUUGAUCUCAGUGAUAGUGGACUUGAAGGUGCAAUACCGAGUAAGAGUGAAAACAUAACAAAACUUAAACAUCUUGAUCUUUCUCAUAAUAAGCUUUCUGGAAAGUUUACAAAUCUAAUUGGAAAGUUAAAGAAAUUAGAAUAUCUUGGUCUCUCAAAUAAUCUAUUUGAUGGGGAAGUAUCUGAAUUAUUCAACGGUAGGAGUAAUUUCUUUAAAUAG